AAAAUUAACCUUAUUUUGUUAUGAAAAUAUAAACCCUAUUCACUCUCCAUAAUUAAAAUGAAAGAUCUUUUUUCUUGCUUCCUAAGAAAUUCUUCAGUUGAACAUACUCAAAAGUUUUCAGAGUUCAAAGGGCAAGGCGGAUUUUAUUAAGUACUUUUCUUUAUCAAGUUUUUUCCAAUGGAAUAUAACAAUCACGAACCGACUAGUGUUUUCAAAGUGGAGAACAUUUGCUGUAAGCUUUUUCAGAAGAAACUGAAGAAAGAACUAUCAAAAAUUCCUGGGGUGAAUAAGGUUGCUGUAGAUUCAGAAAGGAGUCUUGUACUUGUUAAAGGCAGAGUGGAUCCUAUGUUUGUCACUGCCAUUAUAGCAAAACUAGGCAAAAAUGCAGAAAUCUUGUCACACGACAGACAACCUGGGAAUAACAGAGAACAUGUCGAUCAAGAAUACCAGAAAAGGGUGCACAAAGACUGUUCUUGCCAAGAUUUUAAUGGCCACAAGAUGGAAGAAAACUUUCACAGAUUUCAUGAUCACGUUAGUCGACAUGGUCACAAGAUAGACGAAAAUUUUAACAGAUUUCGGGAUCACAUUCGACCAGAGGCUGGCGAACAUGUAUUUAGAGACGAACACUGCAAAAUUCAUCAUCCAAGGAAUGUGUAUCGCGAUCACAUGCCUGAGAGGCAAAGUACAGACCUAUUUGGUCAUUUUGCACAAGGACACUAUCGUGGGACAAAUUUUAGGUUUCGAGACGGGCAUUAUCCAUUCAUGGAUGACACAUACCUUCAGCCACCGAUGAUGCCACGGCCAAUGCCUGCAUAUGGGUUCGGUUCAGGAAGGCCAAUGCCUGCAUAUGAUGAUUGCUUCACCUCAUUCAGCGGUGAAAAUGCACAAAACUGCUCAAUAAUGUAAAGCAGUUGUACAAUGUCUGGAACUUCAUUCUUGUUGCCCUGAAUUUCCUUACUAUUGGACUUGAUUACAGAUUUUCUGGGACAGUCUGAAUGGUGCUAUAUCGUGUUUUUUAGAUCCCGUUUCUACUUAUCUUGACAGAGAUUUUCCGUUAAAUUGUAUUGGUUCUGAAAUUGAGGUGAAUGUCUCGCACAGUAUGAAAGUUUUCAUCUUUAUUUCUGGCUUGUAACCCAAUAAU